GAUUAUCCUGGAGCUAAAGCAUAUGAACCAUACAGCGAAUUAAUUUAUGAAGAAUGUGAUAUAUUAAUUUUGGCUGCUUGUGAAAAAGUCAUUAAUAAAAAUAAUGCAAGCAAAAUUAAGGCAAAGGUUAUCGUGGAAGCAGCAAAUGGCCCAGUAACACCGGCAGCUGAUAAAAUUUUAUUAGCUCGUAAUGAUUGCAUUCUCAUUCCGGAUUUAUUUAUCAAUAGUGGUGGUGUUACGGUAUCAUUUUUUGAAUGGUUAAAAAAUUUAAAUCAUGUCAGUUUUGGUCGACUUACAUCAAAGCAUGAAAUCGAUUCUGGUUAUGAUUUACUCGCAAGUGUCCAGGAAUCAUUAUAUCGUGAAUUUGGGAGAGAUAUUAAAAUUGAACCAUCAGAAGGAUUGAAAAGUCGAAUCAAUCAUAAAUCUGAAGAAGAAAUCGUCUAUUCCGGUUUGGAAUUUAGCAUGCAGAAAUCGGCUCACGAUAUCAUAAGAACGAUAGAAAAAUACAAUCUUGGCUUGGAUAUACGUACCGCUGCUUAUGCAACAGCUAUUGAAAAAAUAUACAAUACUUAUCGUUCAUUUGGUUUUACAUUUGCAUAA